AUGCGCAGCAAGGACGGGGCAGGUGGGCCCCGCUACGAACUGGCUUACGACAAAGACAUCGAUUGUAACAGCAUCAACUACCAUGAUCAGGAGGCCGGUCCCCUCCCGAAAAAAUGCGCCCCGGGAGACUCCGAGGAAGAACUGCCCGUUCGAGGAAAUUGGGACGGACAGUUGGAUUUCAUUUUCGGCUGCGUGAGCUACGCGGUCGGUCUCGGAAACGUUUGGCGUUUCCCGUAUCUGGCCUACGAAAACGGAGGCGGCGCCUUCCUCGUUCCGUUCUUCAUCAGCAUCGUCUUAUGCGGAGUUCCUCUCUUCAUGAUGGAAGUUUCUAUAGGACAAUACCUCAAUACUGGUGGAAUCGGAAUCUGGAACCUUGUCCCGAUGUUCAAGGGUGUUGGUUACGCUUCGAUGGUGAUGAUCGGCUUGUCGAAUAUCUACUACAUCGUUCUGAUCGCCUACACCCUCUACUACUUCGUCGCCUCAUUCUCUUCGCCGCUCCCAUGGGAGAAUUGCGGAAACGAAUGGAACACCGAAACUUGCGUUGGCCUGAGGGAAAAUCGGACCUUCGCUAACGGCACCGCGACUUCCGCUGUCAAAGAAUAUUGGGAUCGGAAUGUGCUCGGAAUCACAUCAGGACUGCACGAGUUGGGAAGCCUCCGGCCAGAACUCGUCAUCUAUCUUUUCAUCGCAUGGCUCUUGGUCUACAUGGUCAUUUGGAAAGGACUUCAUCAAAGUGGCAAAAUCAUCUGGUGUACCGCUCUAUUCCCUUACGCCAUACUAUGCAUCCUCUUCAUCCGAGGAGUCACUUUAGAAGGAGCCAGUGAGGGUCUCUCCUUCUAUUUGAAACCCGACUGGUCCAAACUCGCUGACCCGAAAGUCUGGAUCGCCGCUGGGACUCAGGUCCUCUUCUCCUACGGAAUCGGUAUCGGUGCCAACGUGGCUCUCGGCAGCUACAACAAGUACAAUCAUAACUUCUACAAAGAUUCCCUGAUCGUUUGUGCCAUCUGCUCCGGCACUUCGCUGUUCGCCGGUUUUGUGAUCUUCUCGGUACUCGGACACAUGGCCCACGUUCAGGGCAAAGCUGUCGCAGAAGUCGCGAAAUCUGGACCGGGUUUGGCUUUCUUAGCGUACCCAGAGGUGGUGGUACAGCUUCCUUGGGCUUCUGCCUGGGCUAUUCUCUUUUUCCUGAUGCUCAUCGUUCUCGGGAUCGAUUCUCAAUUCUGCACCGUGGAGGCACUGGUCACCGGACUCGUGGACGAAUUCGCUGUUCAACUCCGACCCCAUCGUCGGCUCUUCACGCUGGGCAUCGUUUGUCUGCAAUUCUGUCUCGGUCUGCCGAUCGUAACCCAGGGAGGAAUGUAUAUCUUCCAACUGAUGGACUUCUUCUCUGCUUCCGGGGUUUCUCUAUGCACAGUCGUCCUUUUUGAGAUCCUUGGAUUCUCCUAUAUUUAUGGUGCCAACAGAAUUUACGAAAACAUUGAGGACAUGAUCGGCUUCAGACCAAACCGAUACUUUGUUUUCUGUUGGCUCUUCGCUGCUCCGGUCGUCAUUCUGGGAAUGCUGCUCUUCUACCUGCUCGAACACGAGCCUCUCACCUACUCGAACACCUACGUUUAUCCCUGGUGGGGAGAGGCGAUCGGGUGGUGCAUGGCGAUGGCCUCCAUCAUCUGGAUCCCUCUGUACGCCCUGUUCUUCCUGUGCAGUACCCCGGGAACGUUCCUCGAGCGAAUCAAGAAAGGAGUGACGCCCCAAGUCGUUCCUCGCAAGGCCCAGGAGGGAACCCCGACGUCGGAAGAGAGCGUCACGAUGGACAAUCCCGUGACGUCGGUUCAACUGCUUCUGCGCCCAGAAAAAGUCUGA